AAGGCGGCGCCGGGGGAGGAGCGGCGGCGCAGCCCCCUGGACCACCUGCCGCCGCCCGCCAACUCCAACAAGCCGCUGACGCCCUUCAGCAUCGAGGACAUCCUGAGCAAGCCGUCGGUGCGGAGGGGCUACUCGCUGUGCGGGGCGGCGCAGCUGCUGGCCGCCGCCGACAAGCACGCGCCGGCCGGCCUGCCGCUGGCGGGCCGCGCGCUGCUCUCGCAGACGUCGCCGCUCUGCGCGCUGGAGGAGCUGGCCAGCAAGACCUUCAAGGGGCUGGAGGUCAGCGUCCUGCAGGCCGCCGAAGGCCGCGAUGGGAUGACCAUCUUUGGGCAGCGGCAGACGCCGAAGAAGCGGCGAAAAUCUCGCACGGCCUUCACCAACCACCAGAUCUACGAGCUGGAGAAGCGCUUCCUGUACCAGAAGUACCUGUCGCCGGCGGACCGCGACCAGAUCGCGCAGCAGCUGGGCCUCACCAACGCGCAGGUCAUCACUUGGUUCCAGAACCGGCGCGCCAAGCUCAAGCGGGACCUGGAGGAGAUGAAGGCCGACGUGGAGUCCGCCAAGAAACUGGGCCCCAGCGGCCAGAUGGACAUCGUGGCCCUGGCCGAACUGGAGCAGAACUCGGAGGCCGCGGGCGGCGGCGGCUGCGGCAGGGCCAAGUCUAGGCCGGGCUCCCCCGCGCUCCCGCCGGGCGCCCCGCAGGCCCCGGGCGGCGGGCCCUUGCAGCUCUCGCCGGCCUCCCCGCUCACGGACCAGCGGGCCAGCAGCCAGGACUGCUCGGAGGACGAGGAAGACGAGGAGAUCGACGUGGCCGACUGA